AUGGAAUCCCCACAUCAUUCAUUUAAUGCAUUAAGUCAUCAACAAACAGUAAAUCAUUUCAAUCAAACUACAACGACAUCGAAUACUGAAUCUUUUGAUGAUCAAGUGAAUCAAUUUGCUAGGUCACAUGCAACUAUAAUAUCUGCAAUCUUUCCCGAUAUCGAUCAAUUUGAUCAUAACAAACAACAACUUCUCCAAUAUAUUGAUUCAAAUAUCAUUGGUAAAAAUAUUCGAGUCAAUACUCCAUGGGGAUCUCGAAAAAUAAUUUAUGCUGAUUAUACAGCAUCUGGCCGUGGUCUAACAUUUAUUGAACAUUACAUGCUGAAUAACGUCUUACCUUAUUAUUCUAAUACACAUACUAUAAAUAAUGCAUGUGCAUUACAAACUACGAAAUUUCGUGAAGGAGCACGAACAAUAAUUAAACAAUAUGUCAAUGCAACUGAUGAUGAUGUUGUUAUUUUUACUGGAUCAGGAUCAACAGCUGCUAUUAACAAACUUGUCGAUGUUUUACAGUUGAGAGAGGAAAAUGUGCGAAGUAAAACUGUUGUUUUUGUUACUACAUUUGAACAUCAUUCAAAUAUUUUACCAUGGAAAGAAACAGGAGUUGAAGUUAUACGUAUUCCUAAUAAUAAACAAGGUCUUAUUGAUGAAGAUUUUUUAAAAAAUCAAUUGAAAUAUUAUCAUGAUGAAGUAAAAAAACAUAUUAUUUGUACAUUUAAUGCUGCCAGUAAUGUAACUGGUAUUCGAACUGAUGUUGAUCAUGUUUCAAAACUUGUUCAUCAAUAUAAUGGUUGGAUUUUUUGGGAUUAUGCAGCAGCAGCACCUUAUCUUAAAAUUGAUAUGAAUGCACCAGAACUUGCUUAUAAAGAUGCUGUCUUUAUUUCGACACAUAAAUUUGUUGGUGGACCAUCAACACCAGGUAUUUUAAUAGCUAAGAAAAAACUUUUUACCAAUCAAGUUCCAUCUAAAGUUGGAGGUGGUACAGUUAAUUUUGUAACUCGAACACAUACUGAAUAUGUAAAAGAUAUUGAAGUACGUGAAGAAGGUGGAACACCUAAUAUUCUUGGUGCUAUUCGAGCUGGUUUAGUUUUUCAUUUAAAAGAAUCUGUUGGUUAUCAUACAAUUGAUGCACGUGAAGAUGCAUUAGUUGCAAAAUUCUUUGCAAGAUUUCGAAAUCAUCCAAAAUUAUUUGUACUUGGAUCAUCUACUGUUUCUCGACUAGGAAUAUUUUCAUUUCUUAUUUAUGUACCACUUUUUCAUAAAUAUUUACAUCAUAAUUUUAUUUGUGUAUUGUUAAAUGAUUUAUUUGGUAUUCAAGUACGAUCAGGAUGUUCUUGCGCUGGACCUUAUGUUUUGGAUCUACUUAAUAUUGAUGAUCAAACAGCAGACAUUUAUACGAAGUUUAUAACAGCAGAUGAAAAUGGCCGACUUAAUGAAAUGCCUAAAAUUGAAUUAAUGAAACCUGGUUUUACUCGAUUUAAUUUAUCAUAUUUUGCAAGUGAUGAAGAAGUUGAUUAUAUUUUAAAUGCAAUUGAAUUUAUUGCAAAUGAUGGAUGGAAAUUUUUAUCAUUGUAUACUUAUGAUAUAAAAACAGCUGUUUGGCGUCCUCGUACUGUACCAUCGGGAAAUCAUUUUUAUCAAUAUUACAGUCUUCGAAUGAUUACAUAUCAGCAUGGUACGAUGGAAGAGAAUACGGGACAACAACAAAGGGAACUUAUUAAUUCGAAUAUUCCUCAGUUAGUUACAAAUUCAUCUUCAUCCGAUGAUCCAAUCGAAGCAGCUAAAUCAAUGGCAAAUAAUAUUCCGAAAUAUGUUUACGAAAAUGUUGAUUUUCGAACUGAUGCACCAUUAAAUGUUCCAGAUGAAUAUAAAGAUUUUGUUUGGUUUGUUAUACCUAAAGAUAUUAUUCGAAGAAUUUUCAUUGAUUAUGAACAAAAUCAAGUAACUGAUCUUAAACCGGAACCAUUUCGUCCGAAAAUGGAUGAUUAA